AUGAUCGAUGUGUCUGCAUCCUCUCAGAGCGCCCUCUCUAAAUUUGACGAUAUACUGCUUUUACCGGCGCUUACAGAGCACGAAAGCGAUGUUCCCAUACGAAAAUGGAUAGACGAACGUGGUCGAAUUCGCAUAUGGACAGCAAAUACUGGUGCGCAUCAUAGAGGGACAUUAUCACUGGAUUACCGCCUGAAAGAUGUGCCAGUCAUAAAAAGACAGACUGUCAAGAUCUUACAGAGACUUCGAGAGCUCCUUGAAACUCUUGAGGAGGUGCUGGGCGAAGAUGGAGGGGAAAGCACAAAAGAAGAAGACCUGAGGAUCUUGGAAGCUCAGCUCGAUGAAGAUCAAAACAUUGCGGAUCUUGAGCUCAACGAAAGCGAGGUUUCUCAUAUUUUCAAAACCAUCGUCGAAACAGUCACCCAGCUUUACCAAAUUUCCAUGACUAUUAGUCCGCUAGCCGACCAUGAUCGAUUGACGGAAACCAAAAAACUGGAUUACGUGCUGCAAGCGAUUCACGGAGGCGAUGGCCAAUCUAUACCACCCGAUGGCCACCAACGUAUAGUAUCCUACGGCUCAAAGGUCUCUUUGACCAAGACCACUGAUGAUCUUGAAGAAAUGGAUCCACUAUCAUUCCGCAAGAGAAAGGCUACGGAUACACUCUUUGGCCAGCGACACACUCCCCGCUAA